GUUGCUGAACACGUUACCGAAGCAGCGCGCACAGACAAGAGAUAUAAAUUUCCUCUGUGCUUGAGUUUCAGAUUCAAAGAAGCACAAUUGUUUAUUUCCAUUGUUUGUCGCGGUUAUUCGGAUAGAAUAUAAUUUGCAAAUGACAUUGUUUUCAUUGAUUAGAGCUUGCUUGAUUAGGGUCAAAUAUACAGGCGAUCUGAUCUAUAAUGAUUUAUCACAUCCUAUCGAACUUGUGAACGAAUAUUCAAUUGUUUAUGUUACUUUACUUUCAAACUUUUGCUGUAAAACAUUUAUUACUUACUGUACGUUUGUAUUUUAAACUGUUUUGCGUUUCACAGCUAUUUUCUAUUGGUCGUAAAGAGAGGGCAUAAAAUUGGCCCCUGGUUAAUUUUCAAAGGCAAUUUGCUGAUUGAUACUGUUUGUUUCCAUGAUUUUUCCAGCAGCAGUAACAGGCUCCUUCGGAAUAUGCAUCGACUGUUCAAAUUGCAUAACCAUGCCGUCAACAUCACAAUCAAAGCAGUUCAAACGAGAAAGCCAACGAUAAGGAGUUUCCCGAAUAAACACAUGCAGUCUCUCCAUUCUUGCCACCAUAAUGACAAUAAAUACUACACUACAGCAAAGGUUGCUAUAAAGCCCGAAUCAGCAACUAAUAGACCUAUUGUAGCUCUGUCUGCAUCCACUACUACCACUACGUCUACCCCUGCUGCUAAAACUAAGGAUCGCAAUUCUUCUGCUGUUGCUUGGGGCAAAUACAAAGAGCUUCAGUCUCAUAAUAAUCUCCAAAACCUAACUCACGAUGACUUCAUCAAAAUCCGUGCUGAUCUACGUAAACAAACCAGCUGGGCUACCGAAGAUCGGAUACUUGAGGUACUUAACGAUAUGAAAAAGGCUGGUGUAGCCUGGACGACGGCUGAAUACGACGAUUUUUUUGAAGCGAAACUCUUCCAAGCAAAAUAUACAGAGGUGAUUGAUAUGUAUCUUGAAGACUUUCAAAACCCACCUGAUACCACUAUGAAGCUCAGUAGCAAUGCAUUUAAUGUUGUUCUUGCAGCUUAUAUACAAUUACAAAAGCUAGAUGAGGCAGUCAAGCUUAUCAAAUUAGCUAUCGAACAAUAUGAUAUACAACCUGAUAUUCGGAAUUUUGAUAGAACAAUGAAGCGAUGUAUGCCCACAAAUUUUGGAGUCAUGGAAACGGCCAAGCAACUCAUUACACUUCAUGCUUUUGACAAUACGGAAGUGAUGAAUACAAAUCUUCUUCAUCUUGUACGUGACAAACGUAUUGAUGAUGUAAAGUGGAUAUAUGAGCAGCAAAAGAACCGUGUCCUGGAUUUAUCUACUUACAAUAUUUUGAUUACCAGUUUGUGUGACGCUCGAUAUAUACGAGAAGCUUCAUACAUCUACAAUAAUAUGAGAAACAACCGUAUACGACCCAAUAUUUUCAUUUGUAAUAGUAUGCUCACUAUCUUUGCACACACUCGCGAUAUUGAAGCAGCCGAAGAAGUAGUACGAGAAACUAUUUUAGGAGGUUAUAAAAUCGACGAACAUCUAUACAAUCAACUCAUCAAUGUCUAUUUCAAAGGUCGGCAGCCUUACAAAGCUUUCAAAGCGUUUGAGGAACUACAGCAAAAUCCUGCACUUAAGAUCAACGAUGUAAUUCUCAAUACCAUGAUCAACGGGCUUGUCAUCAGUAAGGAAAUGAGAGUAGCGGGUAUUUUGUACAAACAAAUGAUACGCUCUGAUUUCAAGCCUAAUAUUAUCACUUGUAACACGAUGCUGAAAGGCUAUAUUAAAGCAAAAGAUAUGAAAGCGGCAGCAGAAAUUAUUAGUGAUAUGUUUAAUCUUGGUAUGGAACCUGAUGUAGUAACAUUCACCACGCUAAUUGACUCUAUCUUUAAAUCAACUUCACCAACAACAGCGAUGGAAAUGAUAGCGGUUAUGAAUGAGCUAGGCUUUAAACCGAACAUCUACACGUUUAACGCUGUAAUUAAUAGUUGGAUCAGAAAUGGUAAAAUGUCUGAAGCGGAGAAAACGUUAAAUUUGAUGCGUACAGAUAAAUUCAACUUGCAACCAACUGUUCACACUUAUACCAACUUGAUUCAAGGCUAUGUGGAGCAGUUAGAUUUGAAGAAGGCGAUUGAAACAUUUCAAAUGAUGGUGCGUCAUGGCAUCAAACCUGAUAGGGCUACUUAUAACUUUAUGAUCAUAGGCUUUAUCGAUGGAGGGCGUUUACAUGAUGCUUUUAACUGUUUAGAACAUAUGAUUUCUUUGAAUUUGAAUCCUACAAAAGACACCUGGAAGAUACUGUUAGACUUUUGUGUGGCAAAAAGAGAAUGGAAUAUAGGCGGGAAGAUUGUUCAAAAGCUAGAUGAAAGCGGAUUUGUGAUAAAGAUGGAUUCGCUCAAGCGUGUCUAUAACACAGUCAAAAGACAUUGUACAUAGUUCUAGAUUUUAUUUAUAUGUAUACCAAUCCUUGUAUCUAUCAUGAGCUUCAAUAAACCUGUAGCUAACUAUUGCUCAAAGGCCUCCUGUAUUAUACAUUGCGUGAAUGAGGCCCAAAAAUAGGUACACUAUGUAUUCUCGCUCAUGGUUUUAGAAGUGCAUCCUGAAUCAUUCAGUGAAAAGGCUUAUGAGUGUCGAUUAUUGACCGUAUAUUUCUCAAGGAAAACUUUUAAGCUGACAAAGUUGAAUAAACUUCGUCUUCAUUGAUAGAAUUGUUAAAGU